UUAUCCAAGAAUAGCACCACUUGUUUUUGGAUAUCUUCCUAAGUUUUUAAGAUUUAUUUCCUAAAAUUUAAGAAAAAUUUUCAUAAAUUUAUUACUAACCUCAUUCAGGGUUUGUUGUAGAGAGGGUUUUAAAGCUAUUCAACUUGUGUUCUUGACUCACAAACCAAACUUCAUCUUUCAAAAUCAGACCACAACUAUGUCUUCUAUGAAUCCGAAUGCUGAGAGUUCCGAGACCAAAGCAAAAAGCGGUACCGAUCUUUCUGCUCAUCAAGGAGGAGAUUCAUCUGUUGAUUUGCAAGAUCCGAACAAAUCUAAAACCGUAAGUUCUGAUGAUAAUAAUUUGAAUGAAACUAACAAGGAGAAUGAGGAAGAUUGUGAUGAGUGUUGGUUUAGUCGGUCAUUGAAAAAAGGUGGGUGCAAGGAUGCAUUCGAAGAAGUUGUUCAAUGUCGGGAAGUGGGCACGAAUUGUCAAGAUGCUAGAUUGAAGCUGAAUACAUGUAUGUAUGCUAACGUCGAUUACUAUGGACAGUAUCUGGCAAUGCAGAAAGAGAUGUUAACUCAGUCCUUAAAGGAGUUGGAGCAAGGGGAGGAGGCUGCGGCUGCUGCGAAGAAAAAGGAAGAAGAAGAGACUAAAGACAAGUGAGGGGAUUAUCAGAAUCUUUUCGAUCCCAACUUUAUGAUUAUUACUUUUGUUGCUUGUGGGAGGAAUAUGGUUUUUAACUUAUGUCAUUGCUUUGUUGAUGCCCAUGAAUAUUUCUCAAUGAAACUAAUUUUUGUGUCUUGUGUUAAUUUGGUCAAUUGUUCUGAACAAAAUUAUGUGUUUCCAUUAAUUAAUAAUUCUUUUUCACAAAAUAUUUUUGCAUAGUUGGAGAUUAAUCACUUAGUUGUCGUUUCCUCUAUACAUUAAUAACUUUUUAUAUUAAGAUAACCCAAAAUGUGAUAUACCGAGUACACUGCUUAAUGGUACCCUAUAAGUGUUCCUUCCAUUCACCUGCCUCCAGCAAAUCAGUGACCCUAAUUACUAUGGUUAAUCUAGCAAAUAUCCGUUCUCCUGAGUGUAACAGCUCCUUGAACUCAUUAAACCAGCUUUAGUCUAAUCCAAUCCUCCUCUCGAUGUGGAUGAAUCGGUCUUACCAUAAUAAUCUAAGCCUAUAAACCGAAAAAAAAAAAAAAACUAGUUGUCUUUGUCGUCAUCCUCGUCGUAGUUAAAUGGUAAGGGAACCGUCUUGAAUGCUCGAUACUUCCCUACAUUGUUCAAAUGCUCGUUCUCUAACCU